AUGGACAAAGAACUUGGGAGUACAAUUCCUAGUAUACACAAAGUUGCUGAAGAUAUUCUUCGUGGUGUCGAUGAAAAUGACGAAACUGGAAAAUUGCAGAAAAAUCGGAGACGCAAGAAACAGCAAUCUGAAUCUAGUAAUGAUGCUCCCUUGAGUUCUGCACCUCGGCAUGUUCAAAAAUUUGACUGGAAGGAUAUGCUCCACCUUGCCGAUAUUUCUGGAAGAAAGCGUGGAAAUUCAACUACAAGUCAUUCCGGUCAUGCGACACGAGCUAAUUCUAUGAAGGGUCGACCAUGGAUAGAAGCACAUCUGAAAAUGCGAGAAUGCUCGUAUUUCGUUCCAACGAAUAGGUUCGCUGAGCGUUGUGGAUGCGGAAGAGAAAAAUCAAAGCAUUCACCAGAAGUGUUGAACAACUCGAAAAUUCGAUCAACCCAUUUGACCCUACCUGGAAUUGUCGAAGUGUCAACUGAUUGUGAAAACGAACCACAAAUUACAAUAACUCCACAACGAUGGUCAAUUAAAGAUGAUACUGAGCUGGUUCCCACAAGUUCAUAUGGUUCAAUUGUAUUCGAAGGCACCACCCAUCACGUGCAGUAUGCUCGUGUGAGUUUUGACACUGAGCCCCGCGAUAUUGUGCAUUUAAUGACGAAAGUGUGGAAGAUUCGACCUCCAAAACUGAUAAUCACAGUUCAUGGGGGCCUCACAAAAUUCGAUCUGCAGCCGAAAUUGGCGCGAUCAUUCCGCAAGGGAAUCAUGAAGAUUGCCAAAUCGACCGAUGCCUGGAUUAUCACAUCCGGUUUAGAUGAAGGAGUCGUCAAGCAUGUCGCCUCAGCAUUACAAGAUCAUGGAAGUCAGACGGCCAAUAAUCAUGUAGUCGCAAUAGGUAUUGCGCCAUGGGGAAUGCUUAAGCAUCGAGGGCGCUUCAAUGGAAAAGAUAACACGGUUACCUAUGCGCCAAAUAUCUAUAAUAAUUCAAGAUUGAAAGAGUUGAACGAUCGUCAUUCAUACUUUUUAUUUUCUGACAAUGGCACUGUUAACAGAUAUGGGGCUGAAAUUAUAAUGCGAAAAAGAUUGGAAACGUAUUUGGUGCAAGGUGAUCGCAGAAGAGGAGCCAUUCCCUUGAUUUGUGUUGUUUUGGAAGGUGGAGCUUUUACUAUCAAAAUGGUGCAUGAUUAUGUUACAACAAUACCUCGAAUCCCGGUAAUUGUGUGCGAUGGUAGUGGACGUGCUGCCGAUAUUUUGGCAUUUGCGCAUCAAACGGUCUCACCCGAUGGUUUCUUGUUGGAAAAUAUUCGCUCACAACUCACUAAUAUUGUUCGCAGAGUUUUUGGAUAUGAUGAUAAAAAUGCGCAGAAGCUGAUUAAACAAGUCUCGGAAUGCACAUCGAAUAAAUUACUGAUGUCGAUUUUCCGCCUUGGAGAAUCUCAACGAGAGGAUCUUGAUCAUGCGAUAAUGAGUUGUCUGCUAAAAGGUCAAAAUUUAUCGCCAAGAGAACAGCUUCAAUUGGCUCUCGCUUGGAACAGAGCAGAUAUUGCGAGAACCGAGAUUUUUGCCAAUGGAACGGAAUGGGAAACACAAGACUUGCAUAGCGCAAUGAUGGAGGCUCUCGCAAACGAUCGCAUAGAUUUUGUGCAACUUUUGCUUGAAAAUGGGGUCUCGAUGCAAAAUUUCCUUACUUUUGGUCGUCUCGAAUUCCUAUACAAUACGGACAAGGGACCACAAAAUACGCUACGCACAAAUCUGUUGGUUAAUUCGAAGCACCACAUCAAGUUGACGGAGAUUGGAAAGCUGAUUGAAGAAUUGAUGGGCAACUUGUAUAAAUCGAACUAUACAAAGGAGGAAUUCAAAAACAAAUACUGUUUGUUCUGUAAUCGAAAGAUUUUUAAAAAAUCUCCAAACAACGGAAUUGGACAUGUGCCAACGGGUGGAGAAGGAAUGUCUUCGAUGCAACUCACACUCAUCAAAAAUGCAAAAACUUCGUUGAUUCAUCUAUUUGGGAAUAAGAAAAAUACGAACGAUCAAGAUGAGGACUUCUCACAUAUGGAUGACGAAGAUAAUGACGAAUUCACGUUCAAGUAUCCAUACAGCGAGCUUCUAAUAUGGGCGGUACUGACAAAACGUCAAAAAUUGGCAAAAUUAAUGUGGAGACAUGGCGAAGAGCAAAUGGCAAAAGCGUUGGUCACAUGCAGAUUGUACCUCUCUAUGUCUGAAACGGCAUCAUUGGCGACUGGAGAAAUCGGAAUGAGUCAGGAUUUUACCGAAUACAGCCAAGAGUUUUCGGAAUUAGCGGUUGAAGUUUUGGAAUAUUGCACAAAACAUAGUAGAGAUAUGACAUUUCGUCUUUUGACUUGCGAACUCAACAAUUGGGGAGGCGAAACAUGUCUAUCGCUUGCUGCAAAUAACGGCCAUCGCAAGUUCUUGGCGCAUCCGACAUGCCAAAUGUUACUGUCCGAUCUGUGGCAAGGAGGAUUACUAAUGAAGAGUAACCAAAAUGCAAAAGUUUUGGGUUGCCUUCUGACACCUCCUUUAAUAUUUCUUCUUGGAUUCAAAACCAGAGAACAACUCAUGCUGCAACCGAAAACUGCUGCAGAGCAUGAACAGGACGAAGAGGAGCUGAGUGAUUCUGAUGCAUCGUCUAUUGAAAAUGAUUGCACGGAUUCCUCCUGUUCAGAAACUGAUCAUGAUGAUGACUUCGAAAAUGACCAACCAUUGAGUAUAUCAAAACUUUCGCGUGGUAAGAUGAAUACUUCUGAAAAGAAAAUAUUGGGUCCGAAUCGAAUGGUCGUCGCUCCUGGAAUAGCUUCAAAUCGUAGUCGGGCUCGUACCAUGUCUGUCAAAAAACGCAAAAAUUCAUCUCAAAAUGUGGCCAGUAUCCAAAUUGAUGUUUCUGGCGACGAAGGCGGAGAAUCUGAUCAAGACGAAGAAGAAAUACAAGUUAGAAAACGAAAAAAAUCAAUAGCAAAACCGUCGUUUGUGAAUGUGGAUAAUUUGACGACAAGAAAUGAGAUGAAAAAAUAUAGUCCAGUUUAUAUGCAUCGUACACUGUCUUGGAAAAGAAAAAUUUCGGAAUUCUACAAUGCUCCAAUCACGACCUAUUGGCUCUGGUUUUUUGCAUUUAUUGUAUUUCUUCUUUUGCUUACCUACAAUUUGCUUGUCAAAACCCAAAGAGUUGCCAGCUGGUCAGAAUGGUAUUCAUUUGCCUAUAUUCUCGUGUGGACAAUGGAAAUAUGUCGAAGAGUGGUUUCGAUGGUUUUAAUGGAUUUAACGAAACCAAUACUCAAACAACUCAAAGUUUAUUUUAUGUCGUAUCGAAACGGGUCGUUAGCGUUUGCAUUGGCUACGUUUUUAAUAGCUUACAUUAUUCGUAUAAAUCCGGGAACAAGAACACUUGGAAGAAUUCUUUUGAUUUGCAAUUCCGUCAUGUGGUCUUUGAAAUUGGUUGACUAUCUUACUGUUCAGCCAACACUCGGCCCUUAUAUUUCAAUGGUCGCCGAAAUGAUUCCUUCAAUGGUCCCGUUAUGCGUACUCGUUUUUAUAACGUUGUACUCAUUUGGUCUCCUGCAACAAGGAAUAAAAUAUCCCAAUGAAGAUUGGCAUUGGAUUCUAGUCAGAAACAUCUUUCUUCAUCCUUAUUUCAUGCUUUACGGAGAAGUGUAUGCAGACGAAAUUGACACGUGCGGAGAUGAAAUUUGGGAUACACACGAGGACGAGAAUAUUCCGAUAAGUAUGCUGAAUGUUACACACGAGACCUGCGUUCCUGGUUAUUGGAUUGCGCCUGUCGGUUUGACCGUAUUUAUGCUUGCCGCAAAUGUGCUGCUGAUGAAUGUGAUGGUGGCUAGUUGUACAUAUAUUUUUGAGAAGCACAUCAUGAGCACACAGGAAAUUUUCUUGUUCCAUAGAUAUCAACAGGUAAUGGAAUACGAAUCGACACCUUGGCUUCCUCCGCCAUUCACUGUUCUAUUUCAUAUCUACUGGCUACUGAAGCUUUUGCGAAAUAGUUCCAAUAUAUUUGUGAAGAAGAAUUUGUUCGAUACAUCCUUAAAACUAUUCCUGACCAACGAUGAAAUGGAACGAGUGCACGCGUUUGAGGAGGAAUGCGUUGAUGAUAUGAAACGGGAAACUGAAAAGAAACAUUUGACGUCGAACGAGGAGAGAAUACACAGGACUGCCGAAAGAACCGAUGCAAUAUUGAAUAGAAUCUCCAACAUCACGACGAUUGAAGUGAGUUUGAAGGAGGAGAUUCGAGAAUUGGAAAUGAGAAUGAAAGCUAUUGAAGCUCGUCAUAAAGACGAGAUGAGUAUUCUAAGCGAUAUGAAUCGGAAACUUGCAAAAAUUUUGAGAAAAAAUGGUGAUGCUGAUAGCGAUGAUGAUGAUGAUCACAGCGUUCCAUUGAUUGGUAGCCCAAUUUCGGCUCGAAAAACUCCUGGACAAUAUAUGAAAAGAGAGAAGAGGAAAAUGUCGAUCGAGGAUAGUUCUCGCGGAAUUCCGACUAUUCAAAUCGAUGGUGGUGAAUCAGACAUUGAUUCCUCUGAGCGAAUUUCCUUUACGGUCCCACGUAUUCGUCAACACACAGAAGGCGAACUGUCCGAGGAAGAUCUCAUUCGACAAGAAGUUUCAAGACCCCAAGUAUUGUCACUUCCUCGUGGUCAUCGUCGUCAUAAUCUCUAUACAACGAUUGCUGAUUCUAUUGAGACUGGCGAUGAGUUCUUCGACGCUUCUUCGCCGUUACCCAUGACCCCAACACACCAAGAAGAUGUCGAAUACUAUGGAGAAAGCGACUCGCAACUUGCUAGAGACGAGAGCGACAUUGAAUAA